UCAAGACUUGUACUCAGAGCAAAGCAUUAUAUUAUAUUCUUGUCCUCUUCUUAAAUAUGGCCAUGAUUGUAACACUGUCAAAUACAAAUUUCCCAUUCUAAUCUGCACCUCAUUUCUUCAAAACUACUGCCAAUAUGCCCCUUUUUACUGCUCUUUAGCUUAUUUCAGUCUUAUCUUUCCUAUUCCUUAAUUAUUGUCACAUUUCUUGAGCUCACACUUCACAAGUGCUAUCUGCUGGGUUGGAAGCUAAAAAGAGAUCAGAAGAAUUGGGAGCUAGGAUGGAAUUUGUAUCUGCCCUACUGAAGCCAGUUCUUGAAAGAAUAGUAAACCCAGUUUUGGAAGAGAUUGGAUACAUGUUUGAGUACAAAAGCAACAUUGAGAAUUUCAGAAACAAAGUGCAGAAGAUAAAGGUUAUGAGAGAUGGGGUGAAAGAAAGAAUUGAGGAAGAGGAGAAAAACCUGCAGAUUGUGGCACCCAGAGUGAAGGCAUGGCUACAUGAAACAGACAAAAUCACUGCCAAGGAACAGACAAUUUUGGCCAAGAAGUCCGAUGUUGAAAAAGGUUGUUUCAAAGGUUUUUGCCCAAAUCUUAAGCUGCGUUAUUCUUUGAGUAAGAAAGCCAAGAAGGGUUCACAAGAUGCUGUUGAACUCCUCGGGGAAGGUUACCAGUACUCCAAUUUUUCCCGUUUAGGUCCUUUCCUGUCCCAACGCUCAUUCGUCAUUUAACUUGUGAUUCAAUCAAUCAAUUUACAUACAAAAUUAAGUCGUGUUAUGUAUUGUAAAGUGUACAUUAUGAGUGAUUUUCGGGUGAUUUAAUAUUUAAUAGUUGUUUGGAAUUAAAGAUGAGGUACAUCCGUACAUGCA